AUGCCCCAACCAAAUCCCUACGAGCGAAUCCAAGUCGAUUCAACAAACUAUUCCACUAUCACCUAUAGUCCCCUACUCGACAAUUCCCCGAAACCGUCUCACCUUUUCCACCAACAGACAAGCGACGAAGAUUCUCUCGACGGCCAAUCCCUCUUCGGCGGCCAAUCCCUAAUAGACUCCAACCUCUCCUUCGCCUCCUCCGUCCGCGACUACUGCUACGAAAAUGGCCGUCGCUACCAUGCCUACCGCCAUGGCCAAUAUCCGAUCCCGAACGACCAAGAAGAACAAGACCGUCUAGCCCUCCUCCACCAUCUCUUCAAACUAGUAGUCGGCGGCGACCUCUACCGCGCCCCGAUUCAACCUCGCGAAGGCCCCACUCCACCCCACCGCAUCCUAGACAUAGGCACUGGAACCGCCGAAUGGGCCUUCGAAAUCGCUGAGGAUUUCCCCAACGCGGAAGUAAUCGGUACAGAUCUAAGUCCCAUCCAACCAAGCUGGGCACCGCCGAAUUGUCGCUUCUAUAUCGAUGAUGCGGAGAGUGAUUGGGCGUUUACGCCUGAAGAGCAGUUUGAUUUUAUUCAUAUGCGGAGCAUGGGCGGUGGGAUUGGGGAUUGGCCGAGGUUGAUGAAGCAGGCGUAUCAGCAUUUAAGACCCGGUGGGUGGAUUGAGGUUCAGGAGUUUGAGACUGCUAUUUCGUCGGAUGAUGACUCGCAUCUACUUGCUCCUACGAUGGUUGAAUGGGUUGAAAAGGUCAAUGACGCGGCGAGGCUGUUUGGGAAACCAAUGAAGAUUGCCUCGCAGAUUCAUUCUUGGAUGGAGAAUGGGGGGUUUGUGAACGUGACCGAUGAUAUCUACAAGUGCCCUGUUGGAGGAUGGGCGAAGGAUCGACAGCUUAAGGAGAUCGGUCGUCUUGGAAAAGUCCUUGUGUUGAAGGUGGUGGAGCCGUACAGCCUUGCACUAUUUACGCGGGUCCUUGGGUACACCUAUCAAGAGGCGCAGAGCUAUCUGGAGAAAGUGCGAGCGGAGAUGAUGAACUCAAAGUGUCAUCUUUACUUCUUCUUCCAUUUUGUUUAUGGGCAGCGGCCUUUGGAGAUGAAUGGUGAACCUCUGACAUGA